UAAUAUAGAUCAUCCCCGGCCCCACCUCCAUUGAUUCUUGGAACACCCAUCACUGUCGUCCACCGAGCCCAGUCCCAGCGAGUAGCGCGUCCCGUAUCGGGGACGCGGAGUUCUCUCUGGACCCGAAGGCACCGGCUGUACGAGGCGAACCAGAUGGGCAGGGCCAGCCUCCGAGGAAAAUGAACUUGUCAGACCCUCAACCCACUGGAGCAGGGGAUUACGGUAGCAUUUAAAUUUUAUAUCCCACGAAACUGAAAGCAGAAGUUCGUGCAAGUCUAGGCCAGCUGCCCACAUCAAACACACCGCCCAGAACGGAGGCCAAAGCGGGGCUUCCCGGCCACUCCCUCCUCACUUCCAGGGUCUUCCCACCCUCCCCUCUUUGCCCCUAGGCCAUCACGUGGCGGUAUGGGCACCGCCUCCCGGUGACGUCAGCGCGCUCGCAGCCGUCGCGCUGAAGAAAGGAUGCUCUAGGAUGCGGUGCAGGUGGGCGACCGGCCUGCGCCAUGCGGCACUGCAGAUGUAAGUAGCAUGGUCAAUACAGGAGUGAUCAGUGGUUCUGGAAACCUGAUGGAUUUCCUCGACGAGCCAUUCCCUGAUGUGGGGACAUAUGAGGACUUCCACACCAUCGACUGGCUGAGGGAAAAAUCACGGGACACCGACAGACACAGGAAGAUAACCAGCAAAAGCAAGGAGUCCAUAUGGGAGUUCAUCAAGAGUUUGUUGGAUGCCUGGUCGGGAUGGGCAGUCAUGCUGCUCAUCGGCCUGCUGGCAGGCACUCUGGCCGGGGUCAUCGAUCUCGCUGUCGACUGGAUGACCGACCUGAAAGAGGGCAUCUGCCUGUCCGCCUUCUGGUAUAGCCAUGAGCAGUGCUGCUGGACUUCCAAUGAGACCACUUUUGAGGACAGGGACAAGUGUCCCCUGUGGCAGAAGUGGUCAGAGCUGCUGGUGAAUCAGUCGGAGGGUGCCAGUGCUUACAUUCUGAAUUACCUAAUGUACAUCCUGUGGGCAUUGCUGUUUGCAUUUCUGGCUGUCUCCCUGGUACGAGUAUUUGCACCAUAUGCCUGUGGCUCUGGUAUACCCGAGAUAAAGACCAUCUUGAGUGGCUUCAUCAUCAGGGGCUACUUGGGCAAGUGGACCCUGCUGAUCAAGACUGUCACACUGGUGCUGGUGGUGUCCUCAGGCCUGAGCCUGGGCAAGGAAGGGCCUCUAGUGCACGUGGCCUGUUGCUGCGGCAACUUCUUCAGCAGCCUUUUCUCCAAGUACAGCAAGAACGAGGGCAAAAGGCGUGAGGUGUUGUCAGCCGCGGCCGCUGCCGGGGUCUCCGUGGCCUUUGGUGCUCCAAUUGGGGGUGUGCUUUUCAGUCUGGAAGAGGUCAGCUACUACUUUCCCUUAAAGACCCUGUGGCGGUCCUUUUUUGCGGCCCUGGUGGCAGCCUUCACACUGCGAUCCAUCAAUCCAUUCGGGAACAGCCGCCUCGUCCUCUUCUACGUGGAGUAUCACACGCCCUGGUACAUGGCUGAGCUCUUCCCCUUCAUCCUACUUGGGGUCUUCGGGGGCUUGUGGGGGACCCUCUUCAUCCGCUGCAACAUCGCCUGGUGCCGGAGGCGCAAGACCACCAAGCUGGGGAAGUACCCAGUGUUGGAGGUCAUCGCGGUGACUGCCAUCACCGCCAUUGUUGCCUACCCCAACCCCUACACACGCCGCAGCACAAGCGAGCUCAUUUCCGAGCUCUUCAAUGAUUGCGGGGCCCUUGAGUCCUCCCAGCUGUGUGACUACAUCAACGACCCCAACAUGACGCGGCCCGUGGAUGACAUCCCCGACCGGCCAGCCGGGGUUGGGGUUUACACGGCCAUCUGGCAGCUGGCCCUGGCGUUGAUCUUCAAGAUCAUCAUUACCAUAUUCACCUUUGGCAUGAAGAUCCCGUCCGGCCUCUUCAUCCCCAGCAUGGCUGUGGGGGCCAUGGCGGGCAGGAUGGUGGGAAUCGGUGUGGAGCAGCUGGCUUACCAUCACCAUGACUGGAUCAUCUUCAGGAACUGGUGCAGGCCCGGUGCAGACUGUGUCACCCCAGGGCUCUAUGCCAUGGUGGGGGCUGCAGCUUGCCUAGGUGGUGUUACCAGGAUGACGGUGUCAUUGGUGGUCAUCAUGUUCGAAUUGACAGGAGGCCUCGAGUACAUCGUACCCCUGAUGGCAGCGGCCGUGACCAGCAAGUGGGUGGCCGAUGCCUUUGGGAAGGAAGGCAUCUACGAGGCCCACAUCCACUUGAACGGGUACCCGUUCCUGGAUGUGAAGGACGAGUUCACCCACCGCACACUGGCCACUGAUGUCAUGCGGCCGCGGCGGGGGGAGCCGCCCCUGUCCGUGCUCACCCAGGACAGCAUGACUGUCGAGGACGUGGAGACACUCAUCAAGGAGACUGACUACAAUGGCUUCCCUGUGGUCGUCUCCAGGGACUCAGAGCGCCUCAUCGGCUUUGCCCAGAGGAGAGAGCUGAUUCUUGCCAUAAAGAAUGCCAGACAGAGGCAGGAGGGUAUCGUAAGCGACUCGGUCAUGUACUUCACUGAGGAGCCCCCCGAACUGCCGGCCAACAGCCCACAGCCCCUGAAGCUGCGGCGCGUCUUGAACCUCAGCCCUUUCACAGUCACCGACCACACCCCGAUGGAAACGGUGGUGGACAUCUUCCGGAAGCUGGGGCUCCGCCAGUGCCUGGUGACCCGGAGCGGGAGACUUCUUGGCAUCAUCACGAAAAAGGAUGUUCUGAGACAUAUGGCCCAGAUGGCAAACCAGGACCCUGAAUCCAUCAUGUUUAAUUAGAAACAAGAUGGUAGUUUCUUUGAGAAAAAUACAACUGUAUCAUUGGAAAGAAAUAAACAAAUGAUAGUUAUUAUCCUAAUGAAUGGUCAUGCACUGGGAGCAGCGGAAACAAAAGCUUUGUUUGAAAGGAAGGGGAAAAGAAUGAAACUUAAAAAAAUAUACAUCUAUGAGUAGGCAUUUUAUAGCUUUAACCCCUUAUGAGUUUCAAGCUGUCUUGUGAGUUUAGUAACUGCUGUGGGGGCAUGUGGGUGGGGGUAAACGAUGUGGUUUGUACAAGGAUCUGGAACACAAUUGCUGAGUCAAGAAACAUUUGCCCCUUCUGUUGCAGGCUGGUGUUGGUAAAGCUUUGAAUCUGAAAGGCCAAGGGGUAUUGGCGUGUCAGUGUCCUUAUUUAUUGGUUCCUGAGGUUUGGCUGCUAUGUUACUGAAUCAGACUAAAGAUAUUUGCACUUACUUUGUUGGAAAAGAAAAAGAAAUUAAAUGUGAACAUAGCGAAAGCUGCAAGUAUGCUAGUGGGUUCACUUGUGACGAGCCAUUGCUGGCUCCUGUUCUCAGCCUGUUUUAUUGCUUAUCCCUCAGUUUCUGAACCUAGAUUGGGUCUUCUGCCUUGUUGAAUAUGAAGAAAACAUUUCUCUAUGCAAGACUAUCAUCUGGGGACUGCACAACGAACUGUUGGAGCGUUUAGUGCUGCGCUGUUUCCUGCCACAGAAAGAGAUUUGUCCUUAUUUUGAGGGUAUACAUACCCAUCAUUGAUUUGCAUCUCCAUUGCAUCUGCUUCAUUUAUUGCUGUUGCCUGUGCAUUCUUAAAUAUUGAUCAGUCUAGCGCUUUCCAAGGGCCAUGUCCUAUAUUCUGCCAGCUUGCCAUAGUGACUUGAAUUUCCAAAUAGCAUAUACAAAUGUCAAAACAGACUACCCAGUGUUAGUGCUUAUUUUUCUUCUCAGAUCUUAUUAAAUACGGCUGCCGAGAGGGUAAGGCAGAUGAGUUCUCAGUGGGAACUCCUCCAAAUGGAUUGCAAGAGAAAUACUAAAUUGAUUCUAAAUCUGUUCCAUUCUCCUCUCUGUAGGAUGCAAAACAUCCAGCUUUAAUGUAUAAGCAUGCACUUUCAUAUUAGCAAUCAGAGCACAGGAGGACAGAGUUAAAUUUGAGACAGCCAAUUUGAGCAUCUUUGAGUUGAACAUAAUGAUACAUUUAUUCUUUUAGUCAGGACUUCGGUUGUGUCUGUGGGAAGGAAUUAAGCUAUGUUUCUUAGGUCCACUGGGUGAUCUCGGUAAGAUUGAUGCCCCUUGUCCUUUCCCUUUUGUCUUUGUUCUUUCCUUUUCCCUGAGUCAUCCUCAUCCUUUUCAGUCUCAUCAUUGGCUCUUGAUGUAUCAGGUGUGCAUUUGGCUGCAAAUAAUAGAAAACACACAGUGAAGAGUGGACUAAGAAACCUGGAGGUGGGCUCUCAGGACUGGGUAUCCUUGAUGACUCAUGGCCUUUGGUACUUUUUCUCCACAUCCUUACCCCUUACCCAUUGGCUUCCUGCCUCAUAGUCACAAGAUGGUCACUGACCUGCCAGAUCUGAUAACUGCUCUCUAAAAGCUGGAAGAGGAAUGAAGAGGCAGGUGACAAGGUGUAUUGUGUGCGGGGGAAACACAGAGCUUUCCUAGAGAUGAUUGGCUUACCUCCAUUGGCUGAAAUUCUGGUGCCCCCCACUGCACAUUAGUCUGGGAAGGAGAGUAUUUAGCUAUGUAGGCAUGUUGCACUCAGUGAGAUUGAAAUUCUCUGACUAAGGAAGGGGGAUUAGCCCUUGUGAGGGGGAUGGCGUCUACUCUAUUGGAUGCUGUCAUUGUGUGUUUGUCAUUGUUCUUCCUGCCAUCUUCCCCCUCUGUCUUGCUGACCCCAUCAAACACUCUCCCGUGACCUUACAGCCCCCUCCCCUCUUGGAUUCGACCUGGCACUCCCAAUCAGAAGCCAUCCUUUCUUAGCCCUAAUAAAAAUGUUUAUUCUGGAGAGAAACCCAUCUAUAAGAGGGUUUCAGUGAAACUUCUAGUAGAUACAAGAAAAUAUACUGAUGGGUUUAACCUGACUGAAAACUUAAAGGAGUUGAAGUCAGAUCCUGCUGACAAAAGUAUGGAAAAUGUGUCUGUAAUUAACUGGCCUCCUUCCAAAUAACAGCAGACAGCUACUUCAGUUUGGAACGGUCUGUGGUAGUAGAAUAUAAUCUUAGGUCCUAUAAGAGAAUGACAUUUGUGGUCGCACUCCCAGGACCUACGUACUGAGUGAUGGAUCAUAAUGUUUUGUUGCUGUUGAGGUUUCCAUGGAACAGUGCGAGUGAAGCUGAAUUCUCCUGGGCUUUCAGUCCUCAAAAGUCUUAAUGUAGUUCCCCUCUUACUCCUAUAUAGGCUUUCCAAAGAGUUUUAGUCAUAGCCUGGAUUUAUAUAAUCCAGGACACCCUGUUAGCUGAAACAUGGAGCUUCAGAAGGGAACACAAAACGGUGAACAGACAGCCAAAGUUCAGUAUAACCACAGAAUUCGCCCUCCUCCAGCUGAGGCCUGGAAAGAGGAGAGGAGAGGAGCGGGGAGUUGACUCUGGGCUGAGGUCAACCAUGGGCUCAUGUCCUCUCCCCCAGUGCUUAGCUUAGAGUCAACUGUGGGGCUUAGAGGGCCAGCAUUGGACACCCGGGUCAGGGCUGGGAUGGGGGGCUUGUAGCACCACUGCCAGAGUCAACUGCCUGCCUCCCCUGGAGCCCUGACUAGCCGCUGAUCCUGGCCUCAGACAGACUCACAGGGAACAUACCGCUGGGCCCUUUGUUGCACGUGGAUGGGGAUUCUGAAGUGCGCUGUAUCCGCAUGUAGAACUUCGUCCACUUUACCUGGUGAUCUGGUGAACGAGAUGAGUAACUCUGGAACUCUGACUCAAGUUGAAUACUGUUUUUGUUUCUUUUUCCAGAACCAAAGUUUGUAGACAUUCGUAGAACUUGCUGGGUUCUCUCUGAAUAGAUUUUUUAUGUGAAUAAGAUAUAAAUAUGUAAUGGAAAAGGAGUUCCAUAAUGAGGCACAUUGACCUACUUCUUGCUGUCUUUUUCUAUCACUGAGGGAAUGUAUUGUAGAUGGACAGAUGGCAAAUAAAGAGCAUCCUGAGUGUGA